AUGACCGUCUAUAGCUGGGGUCGUGGCGAAGACGGGCAGUUAGGUCUUGGAGACACAAGUGACCAGCACCGCCCUGUGACUAUUGAUGCCUUAGCCGAGCGCCGAAUAGUGCAGAUCGCAUGUGGUAGCGGCCACACUGUCGUCCUCACAGAUGAAGGAGAUGUGUACACCUGGGGUCGUGGCGAUGAUGGGCGUUUGGGUCAUGGAGAUAACGGUUGGAAGUUCGUGCCACGCCUCGUUGAAGAGCUGCGAGGUAAAAGUGUUCGUCAGGUCACGUGCGGUAGCUAUCACACGGCAGCUGUGACAGUAUCAGGCGAUUUGUAUACAUGGGGAGGUGGCAUGUAUGGAAAAUUGGGACAUGGCAACGAAACAGGUCAUUCGACUCCGUACUUAGUGGAGACUCUCAAGAGCAUGCAGGUGCGGCAGGUAGCUUGCGGAAGUCGACACACGGUCGUAUUGCUAGAAAACAAAGAUGUUUAUACGUGGGGCGAUAGAGAAAAUGGAGUCUCAGGCCACGGAGACACUGAGGGACAUCAGUACUUGCCUUGCCCAGUUGAGGAACUUCGAGGCAAGUUUAUUAUUCAGAUUUCAGCUUGUGGCUUCCACACAGCUGCUUUGAGCGAGUUUGGAGAGGUAUUUACAUUUGGAGAAGGCAAGUUUGGACGCCUUGGACAUAAUUCAGAGCGAAAUCAGCCUGUUGCCCGCUUAGUGGAGGCAUUGGCCGGCAAAUGCGUCAAGCAAGUCGCUUGCGGAGGAUUUCAUACAGCCGCAGUUACAGAAACAGGGGAAGUCUACACGUGGGGAGGAGGUGAACAUGGACAACUUGGACACGGUGACAAGCUAAAUAAAACAGUGCCUACGCGAGUGGAAAGUCUAGUGGAGAAGCUGGUUGUGCAGAUUACGUGUGGUUGGAGUCAUACAGUUGCGCUAACGGAUAAAGGCGAGGUUUAUACUUGGGGAAAUGGUGACCAUGGCAAGCUCGGGCACAAUGAUACGACUAAAGUCACAUUACCAAAGCUGGUUGACGUGAUGGAGGGGAAACGCGUAAUUAGUGUAGCAUCUUACAAUGAGCACACUGUUGCACUCGUGGAUCCUGUGGCAAUGCUUCGUGCUUCCACCCUGACUUCUUCAUAUGUUGGUGACAUGCGCCAGUUAAUCGAUAGUGCUGAGUUUUCGGACGUUUCUUUUCUUAUCGAAGGACGUGCCGUCCAUUCGCAUCGUGCCAUUUUGGCUGCUCGUAGUGACCAUUUCCGCGCCAUGUUUUCGUCAGGAAUGCGUGAGUCUCAUGAGCAAGAGAUUCCAUUAAUGCAUACUCGGGUGCCUGUUUUCCUAGCGUUGCUGGAGUAUAUAUACGUGGACUCGGUCAAUGUAGGCGCUGAAAUGGCACUUGAAUUGUAUGCUGCCGCUGAUUUAUAUACGUUGGAUCGUCUCAAGGGUCUUUGUGAAAUUAUUGUGCAAAAGAACAUCAAUGUUGAAAACGCAGCUGCCCUUUUUCAGUCUGCGGACGAUCUGCACUCGUGCCGGCUGCGUGAGAUCUGCCUUUCAUACAUGGUGCAUAAUUUUGACAGUGUUACUAAGUCCGAUGGUUUCGCUAAUCUUUCCCGUGAUCUCAUCUUGGAGGUGCUGCAAAAUCGGUAG